CCCUCGGGCCCCGCAGCGCCCCCAGGUGCCCCCUGCGAGCCGGCCGCGGGCAGGAGUGCGAGGGCAGCAAAGAGCUUGCCCCAGCUCCCGUACGGCAAGGCUCUCUACAGCUAUGAAGGGAAGGAGCCCGGGGACCUCAAGUUCAAUAAAGGGGAUGUCAUCAUCCUGCGGCGCCGGGUGGAUGACCACUGGUUCCAUGGCGAGCUUCACGGCACACGGGGCUUCCUCCCAGCUAGCUAUGUCCAGUGCCUCCGACCCCUGCCACAGGCCCCGCCCCAGGGCACUGCACUGUACGAUUUCGAGAUGAAGGACCACGACCAGGACCAGGACUGCCUGACUUUCACCAAGGAUGAAGUUCUGACCGUGAUCCGCCGUGUGGAUGACAACUGGGCAGAGGGCAUGCUGGGAGACCGGAUUGGGAUCUUCCCCCUGCUGUAUGUGCAGCUCAACGACUCUGCCAAGCAGCUCAUUGAGAUGGACAAGCUGUGCCCAGCUGCUGCCGCAGCAUCCAGCUGUGCUGCUCCCUCGCCCUCGGACCCCAGCCCGGUGGCCAGCUCGGGCUCAGGCCCUGCAGCAGGCAGCUCAGGGGCUGUCAGUGCCUUUCAGCGGCGCAUGGACAGUAAGAAGAAUGCCAAGAAACGCCACUCCUUCACGGCACUCAGCGUGACACACAAGUCCUCGCAGGCGGCCACCCACAGGCACUCCAUGGAGAUCAGCGCCCCUGUGCUCAUCAGCUCUAGUGACCCCCGCGCCGCGGCCCGGAUUGGGGAGCUCACGGGCCUGCCCUGCUCUGUGCCCACCCAGGACCCCUGCUUGCCUGGACCUGUCCCCGCAGCUGUCCCUCGAGCCUCUGGAGUGGCUGGAGAGCAGGGCACGUCUCCCAAAGUCCCGCUGCCCCUGAAUGUGUACCUGGCCCUCUAUGCCUACAAGCCUCAGAAGAGCGACGAGCUGGAGCUGCGCAAGGGCGAGAUGUACCGCGUGCUGGAGAAGUGCCAGGAUGGUUGGUUCAAGGGUGCCUCAUUGCGCACUGGGCUGUCUGGGGUGUUCCCUGGGAACUACGUGACACCUGUCUCCAGGGCUCCUGGAGGAGCAGCUGGGCCACCCCGGAAUAGUGUGCUUGGAGGGUCUCCUCUGGCCAAAGGCAUGGCCACUACUAUGCACCCUGGUGGGGGCAGCCUGAGCAGGCCGGCCCUGCCGCUCUCCACACCACAGGCCCAAGCCCUGAAUCCAGCUGGCUCCCCACCGAUGGGCAGCUGUCCCCGACACACAGCCCAGCCAGCCACUGGCCAGACGCGGGGAGCUCUCUCUGCAGCAACCCACUCCUCUACCCAGGCCCAGGAUCGACCAACGGCCACCGUGACGCCCCUGCGCACUCAGAGCUCCCCGUCGCGCCUGCCUGCCACCAGCCUCAGGCUCCACUCCGUGGUGUCCCCACAGCAUGGCCAUCAGUCCCUGGUUCAGACAAGUCCCCGGCCAGCCAUCCCCCUCACCUCUGCUGCAUCGGCCAUCACGCCACCCAAUGUCAGCACCACCAGCCUCAGUGGGGAUGUCGGCGUGGGUUCUGGCAGUGCCCUGUCCACAUCCAGUCCCCCUGGCACAGGGUGCAGACUGGAGGAUAAGAGAGGUGAGAAGAAAGAGAAGAAGAGUGGGCUCCUGAAGCUCCUGGCCGGGGCAUCCACCAGGAGGAAGUCACGCUCCCCACCGUCCUUCUCCCCAACCCACGACCCUCCAGUGGCCACAGACACCUCGCUGCUGGGCGCCAUGGGCCCUGAUGUGUCCUCCCUGUCUGUCCACGGCAGGGCAGGCUCCUGCCCCAUUGAGAGCGAGAUGCGGGGGGCCAUGGGACUGGAGCCACUGCACAGGAAGACGGGCUCCUUGGAUCUGAACUUCUGCUCCUCCCCUGCCCGGCAGGCUGCUCUCUCCAUGGCCGCCGUCCGCCCCGAGCCCAAGCCGCUGCCCAGGGAGAGGUACCGCGUGGUGGUCUCCUACCCACCCCAGAGUGAGGCGGAGAUCGAACUGAGGGAGGGCGACGUGGUCUUCGUGCACCGCAAGCGUGAGGACGGCUGGUACGAGGGGACCCUGCAGCGAAACGGACGCACAGGGCUCUUUCCGGGCAGCUUCGUGGAGAGCUUCUGAGUUGGCCAGGCACCCAGCAGGGAUGGCUGGACAGCAAGACUGAGUAUGGGGGAGUAUGGGGUCGCGCCUUCUCCACGAUGACCUUGCCCUCCAACAGCAGAAGGGAGAAGCUGCGGGGAAGCUGGCAGUGUCGCCAUCGCCGUGCCCGGGGCACUGGGAGCCACAGGAAGCCGCAGGUGCGGCUUUGUGGGGCAGAGCACCUGCGGGUCCUUCUUGGCCGUCCCGUCUGCAUACCUCAGCCGCCUGCCAUCCAGCCACACAGAGCUACACCCUGCCCUGCCACAGGUGGCACCCUGCUUCGCCACCAUCAUCCGUGCUGCCUCUUUUUUAGGCCACCUUUUAAUGUGCAGCGUUGACUUCGUCUGUUUUCAUGGGUCAGACAUCCUCUACUUCACACAUCUGGUGCUGCCUUUUGUAAAACUCAUAAUGACCUGGCUGAGCUUGAAAGAAAAUAUGUCCAAGGUGACAUCUCAGGCAGGUUUUGUAUUCACCAUCUGUCUUGAGCAUUUGGACACCCAGCCUCAACAUCAGAUGAGGCCAGUGCUCCGUAGCUGAACGGUGGGCAGGCCGGGUGCAGAGGGGCUGGAGAGAGCAGGAGUUGCUCUCUACACCCGCGUCAGAACCCAGCUCGGACGCGACGAGUGUUAUUCAGGAGCAAGGACCGAGUGCGCGGGCUCCUCUGACUGUCCUUCUGCUGGCGAUGGGGGUAGCACAGGGGUUGACCCAGCCCAGGAUGGCAGGAGCACCCUUUUACUCCCCAGAGAGAAUGACUGUCAUUGGCCUUCUCAAAACGUGGGUUCUUGCCUUCAAAAUGUGCAGUUUUCACCACAGUUGAGAUCACCACCUUGAAAAGAUUUUUUUCUUCUUUUUAAGAAAUAAAUUACU